GUAGGUAUUAUAAUUGUGAUGCUAUCUAGCAAAAUGGCGGAUGACUCGAACAGAGUGUCCAUGGUGAAGAAACAUCACGAGCAGGCAAAUUUAAAUUAUAAUCGGCCAAAGUAUCGAGAAGCUCGUUGGGAAAGAGCAGUCAAGGUUUACACCAUAAAUCUGGAGUCAAAGUAUGUCCUGAUCCAGGGGAUUCCUGCUGUGGGUGCAUCGAAGGAGCUCUUGGAACUCUUUGCCCUUUAUGGUGCUAUUAAUGAGUAUCGCAUCUUAGAUGACUACCCAUCAGAACCUUUCACUGAAGUUUACUGGAUCAAGUUUCAAAGAAUCAAUUCAGCAAGAAGUGCAAAAAAGAAGUUGGACAACAGGUCAUUUUUUGGAGGCAUUUUGCAUGUGUGUUAUGCACCAGAGUUUGAAACAGUUGAUGAUACAAGGGAAAAGUUCCAAGAAAGAAGAAAAAUCAUGGCCAAAAAGACAAGAGAAUUGUUUGGUGCACAAGAGAAAACAUACAAAACAAAAGUUGCACCCAUUGCUGACUCCUCAACCAAGAGUUCCCAAGAGGAUUCCAGGGAAGCAAUCUUGGUUUCAUCCUCAGCAGAAACUACUGCUUCUAGUACAAACUCCUCUGAUCCAGUGAGAGGCUUAUCACAUGGAAUAAAUUACUCAAUGUACACAAUGCCAAGUUCCACAUUCAAUUACCCAACCCUUCCACCACCCCCUCAGCAUGUUCAUCCAUACCAAUAUCCCCCUCCUCCACCCCCAUGGGAGUUACCCCGAGUACCAUCAGCACAUGCAACACUUCCAGCCUACUUACAAAGUUUUACCCCUCCUCCCCCUCCCCCAAUCCCACCACCUCCACCCCCACCUUCUUCUCCUCCUAAAUUCCAUUCUGUAGAAUCACCCACUUCUCAAGAGGCAAGUGCAAACAAAAGUGAGGUUCCAAGACAAGAAAAGGGCUUUCCUGUUUAUAUGUCAAAAGUUAUGAUUGGACCACAACAUGAAGAGGGGUCUUAUUCGAUCUCAACCAUGUCUUCCCUGACUGGUGAUGACUCACUUGACAAAACGGCCUACACUAUUAGGAAUAAAUUUCAAAAGCUAUCAGGAGCAUGUCAGAGUACCAAUAAUAUUUCAUCUUUAUCAGAACAAAAUGUGCAGCUUCAUAUUAUUCAGAAUCCUAAUGAAUCUACUCCAUCAUCUGUUUCAAAAAAGAAAAGGAAAAGAAUUUGAAAUGCUCAGAAUGAAUACUUUGAAUCCAUUUAGUUACUUAUCAAGACAACAGUCAUCAAACCCACUGCAAACAUACCAGUAAUUAUUAUAUACCCCCAAAAAAAAAAUACAAAAUGAAAUGAACAAGGUGAAAGGCUCAUGUCAUAUGAAGAAAGAUGGAUAUUAAAUCAGUGACAACAGU